ACACAUACUGCGACAUGUCCAGGCCCAAUGUCCCAAUGGAAGGUCAAAGGUUACGUCCAGGAUUCAGAUGAGGAUGAAGUGGAUCUUGAAAAUACACUCGCCAGUGCUUCAUAUCCCAGCCAAACUACAAAGCCGGAACGCGUCUUGGACGUGACGCCCACUCAACCGACUCCAGUAUACGCACAAUCGAACAAUUCGGAGAAAGACCAGAAUGAUGACUACGAUGAAAAAGCUGAAACGCUACCAGAAAAGGCCGCUUCAUGUGCUGACAACCCGCCUGCCAUAUCGAACCCAUUUGGCCUCGAGCUAUUGUCCAAUUCGUCUGAUAGCGACCCACUUUCCGAACCACCAUCUGACAGCGAGCUCGAUGUCGUUUUCGCAUCUCCAAAGCGCCAGGUUGGAGUUCGGGUGGUCAUCCCACAACCUGAAAUUACCCCACAAGAUACGGAUGCGUAUAUGAUUGCACGCUCAUUUCGGCCGCGGAAGCCUAUCCAGCUCCAUCCAUACUUGAUCGACGGAGAAAAACACAGAAGAGAGUGGCAGGGCAUGGGGUUGAGGCCUAUAGGGAGGCCGAAGUCACCACCGCGUAGAUCAGCUCAGACGGAAGCUGAGUCUCAGGAACAAGAGUUCGACCCUGGCCAAAGUAGUCCGGCGAACCGUUCAAUUUCUCCUAUCACUCGACGGCGUCGUCGGAGUUCAAGUAUCGAAGAGUCUCCGAACAACUCCCCAAAAUCCAGGAACGGAAAUCCUGGAGGAGAAGAUCUGAUAACCUCUAAAUCUUCAUAUCUCGUUGGGUCAUCAUCGAGGAAACGUACCAUUGACUCUUCCAAUACACCAUUGCAUACCUCGAAGGCACGUGUAUCGGUACAAACUUCGAAAGUUCGCCCUCGUGGCACUUUAGCCGCUAGGGUGAACGAUAUAUGGGAUGUGCCGCAAUCGCCCCCAUAUUCAAGUAGCCCAAUGUUGGAUGGCUUGCCGCAUUCAAUACGAAGAAAUGCAGGACCUAGUAUGGCGACAGUUUUACCUGGUUUGCAAACGCCCUCAACAUCGUCCGGAAGAGGAAGUGAAUUUCCUCUUGAUCUACAACCUAUUGUAGACUCCGACUCCGACUCCGACUCAGAUCCAAUUGUUGUGCCGUCGACGUCUCGUCCCGGACCAAUCCCAAUCCCAAUCCAGAGCAGUGAACAUGGUUCUUCUUCGAGCUCAGAGGAAAGUUCAUCGGAAGCAGACAACAGUACAGUGCUUCAAAAUCGGAAACGAAUCAGAGGUGUUCUUCCUGCGUCAUGGUUGCGAUUCGACAAACAUGCCCAAGAGAAGCGAAACACGAACAUCCACGCUGCUGCAUCUGAUUCGCCAACUCGCGAACAGGCAGAACCACAGCGCGGUGUCGCUCGAACAAUUACUAAACGCCAUGAGAGUGCAUAUAGUGCUUCGGCGCUGAGUAGGAGCACUCAAAAGCCUAUUGUUGUGCUCGACGAUACGGAUAGCGAAGCUGAAACACCAUCUCGGAAUGAUUUGGGACACAUCGCUCGCGAUGUUCAAAAUGCGUCGCGAAUAGCCGCGUCCUUAGAUGAUCGGUACGCAGAUGAUAAUUUAUCAGACAUGGAAAAUGAUCAUUUGCAUCUAUUCACUCUCGGCUCGUCCUCAAGAAAGGUUGCAACUAGAAAGCGCAAACAUCAAACAAAACUUAUCGACGCAUUUGAAAAUUCGAAGAAGCCAAAAUUUGCAGAUGAUAAUCCCAGAGCUCCAAGGGUAUCUGGUACUACGCGCAAUUCUUUGCCAAGAAAAAAGCAACAGACCGCACGGAGGAAGAGCAAGGCCCCUGAUUUGAGUAUAGUAGACAUCGACCAGCGUUCGAGUCAAUCCAGUCACGAUCUUCCACAAUUCCUUAAACUGGCAUUGAGAGCGGCUCGCAAGCGCCCUAAUCAAGGCCGACAGAGUCCACGCAACAAAUACGUCCGACUACACACGUCUGCCGAUACCCAAGACGCAAAUGUAAUGCUACGACGAUGGAAAAGAGGGGAUCUGAAGCCCAAAUCGCCGGUGAAACCAUCUGGAUCUGGUCUGUCGACGCGUCAACCUCUUCUUGAGCGUCGCUCCUAUCAACAGAAGCCUGCGGGGCCUGCCUCGAGCAUCAUUCCUUCGAAUGAGCAGCGUGAAAGGGCGCCACAAGAAAAUCAGAUAGAAGCAUCAGGGCAUCGACUGGAUGCUCUCGGUGAGACUGCCGCCCCUAAUUCCAGUGGACUACCACCUAUCUCCGUAUCUCGACCUACAGUGCGAUUGGUAUCGAACUCUCGGAGAUUGAUUUUGCCGUCAGCGCGUCGGAAGACACCUACAUAUAGGGCUGCACAACUUGAAGGACCAGAGUCGCAAUAUGGCCGAACUGGCAGAAAGAUAGCUUUUGAGCGAGGGCUACAACAGGCCAACAAGUACUUUGCACCAAACUUGUCGGACCCAUCCUUGAAUCCGCAACUAGCACGGUUCUUGGCAGACGAUGAUGCUGUGCGACCAGUCCCCAAGGCUAACAAAGAGGAUGGGGGGAAUACCCGCAACGUAGAGACGACAAAGACGCGAAGAGCCUUACGCAAAGCUCCAGCGAGAAGGGUUGACAUCGAGACUCGAGAAUACAGACAGCCGAGUGAUCCUCCACUACUAGAAAUCAUCCAGGGUGAAGACGGUGAACAGUCUGCACCAAUAAGUACAGUGGAGCUCCAAGGUCUUGGUCCAUUUGGCACUCGAUAUGCCACUAACUUCGAUGUUUCCCCACUGACGGUAGGCACUUAUUUCGGAUCGGCCACAUUCAUCGGCAGUGAAGAGCUCUAUCAUGCCCUUCACUUCAAUGAUCGAAAUCUAGAUAUGCCUGCUGGGCAUUACCAGAUCUACCAUGAUGGCCAAACUGUAGAUUGUGGUGAUUGGAAUGACGAAACCUAUUCCCAGAUCACUUCAGUCACGGACUCUGCUUCCACGCUGUUGGCAGAUCUUGAGCCGCUAGACACCGAGAGACUGGGGACUCUGGACAAAGCCUGUCAAGCACUCUCCUCUUUUUUGAGGUCAUUGAUCAAGUUCUUCACCUCAUACUUGAGCUUCUCAGAUCCCGUAGACCGCCGGAGCUUUGCAGUCAAUCUCAGACUAUACUCGGAAUCGUUAUUCCUCAAAAUUCGUUCAGUCCAUGAUUCAACGAUCACGCCGGUCUCGAAGACUGAGAAGGCUCCUUCAAGUAUUCGAGCCCUGACCUACCUAGCCGUCAUUGUCGUUCAGGUCAGAAAAAUUGCUCAGGAUGCAGUGGUCGAACCAGCCGUUGUGGAAGAGUUGACAGUCCUCCUUAAAUCUAUCUCGACGCUCAUAGUAGCAUAUUUGGCCGACCAAGGACUUCCCCUCAUACAUCAGUUUCUGGAUCAAAACAAGAGAUACAGCAUACGCGAGAGUGGUAUCCAAGAUCAGGACAUCGUUGUUGAAAGUAUUGUUGUCUGUAUGCAUGUUUUGGAAAGUCAAAACAUCCCCAACUCGUCAUUUUGGGAUCUUCUUAGCCUGGAGCUCAGUACAAAGUCGAGUAAUGCCAUCCAGGUAAAGACUUUCGACUCUGUGUGGGCUGCCGCUUUCACCUUCCUACCCAUAAUUGAAUUCGAUGCGUCGGGUAUUCUUGUUGUCAAUCGCAGAUCAUCGUUUUCCAAUGAUAAUUGGGGUUUUGUACGGGACCUAUUAAAGCGUCUUCUCCAAUUGUACCCGGAAAGCUCAAGGCACAAUCGGAAUUCUUUGAAUGAAUAUACUUGGAAUUGGAAGCGAUGCGACCCUGCCCUCAAUGUUCUUUUCGAUUUCUUCGCAAAAAACGGAUCUCCUAGAUUUCUGGAGCAUCUCUCAGAAAAUCCCAGCCUAGAUGUGGAACCAAACGACAACGCCUUUCACAUUUUUCUGAAAUGUAUGGCAAUUGGGUUGCACGGCUUGUCCGUUGUUUAUCCCGAGAAGAAGUUACGUAGCAUUGUCUUUCGCUGGACUCCUAACCAUGGACGGAGUUACCCUAAAGAACAGACGCUGGAUGCAGAUAGCCUGGUAGCUCUUCGAAAUCACCAUGACCUGCUCUCGACGCUACAUUGGGCCUCACCGCCCAAAUGUAGGCCAAGGUUGAGCCUGCUUCGUGGACUUGUACACCACGAAUCUUCCCAUCGAGAAGCUUGCAGGCUCAAUCUCUCCACAGAUGAGUCCUACGAAGCGUUGCAGCCCUUUGCCAGUUGGCAUGAGGAAAUCAUGACUCAAACUCUCAAGCAAUACAGACAAGCCAAAACGGAAGCAGAUGAAUACUUGAAGAACAGUGGACGGGAAGAUACAAGUGAAAUCACUGCUCACAUGGUUCGGUCCACAAUCAACAAGAAUCAAGAACAAGUCAUUGCCACUCUUCGAGACUGCAUCGCGGGGAUGCUCAAAGCAGUAAAAUCCCAUCCGGCACAAGCCCUUAUGAAGUCGUUUCUUACAGACUCUGGCCUAGUCAAACUGCUUGAACUCACUCAUCUAGAAGAUAGUCGAUUGACCAUCGUUAUUCGAGAGACCCUUGCCGUAUUCAGGGAGUACGCCAUCUCACAACAGCAACCGAUUGUCGAAAAGGAUAGUCAACAGACGAGUGAUGAAAGCCAAGACUACGGUGAUCCUGUUGACUGGGACGAUCUUGACGGGAUGGAGCAAGAAAAUACGGCACCACAAUCCUUCGAUUUCAUCAUGACACCUCUCUGGAGCUUGUUAUCAAAUGCAUUCGGUGCUGAACGUGCACCUGACGACAACUUUCUCAUGGACUGUGUGCAAACCUGGAUUUUGGUCGCAAACUGUCGAAUAAAGGUUGGGGGAGGAUCAUGGUCUGAAUACGGAGUCUGGAAAUGGCAGUCGCUACGCCACACGGUUCAAUGGCGCAAGUUCACGCCGUACUUCUUGGCUUCUCUUAUUGAAGGCGACGCUCAUGCCUAUGAUGAGCUCCGUGAUGAGGUGCUCACCACUUUACUCACAUGCCUUGCCGAGCGAGACUCAUUGCUUCGGUUUCAGUACAAGCUCUUACUCGCCAUCAUUCAAGUCGACUCUUCACACCCACUUCUCGAUAAUUUGCCCUUUUAUCGAGACGAAUCGUCCGGAACAUUUGAUGUUACUUCGGAAACUUUGCGAGCCAGGCGCCGUUCCCUGAUUUCCAGUAUUCUCGCGAAUAUGAGGAAUAAUUUGCAUAAGACCCAGAUCGAACACACCGAGCAAGCAGCGCAGCUCAGGAGCAAAUACGCCAGCAUGCUUAACGAAUUCAUGAAUGCUAUGAAAUACAAUUAUGAGCAGCUUCGCCAAGGUACCGUUGCUACAGGUUCCUACGUCGAGUUCGUACAAACAGUGGUGCAGUAUCUCAAGCAAUACACGUCCGACAUAUGCCCGGUCAACCGUUUCUUUGAGGAUUCCUCGUCGUUCCCUCUUCCGGCCACGGAUCCACACUACGUUGUGGGACGUUUGCAAGGAUAUGCACCAAAGCUCGUGAAACCUGGUAUUGCAAAACAGCUUUUCACCUUCAUCCAAACCGUCACAGAGCGAGCAGCCUCUGACAGCCAACAACCAUACCUUGCCAGUCAGCUGAUCACGACGUUGACAGAUCAGAGCACCAGUUUGACCGAUAGAAGUGCACUCCGCAACAUCCUCCUGCAGGGAAUCUUCCCGGCUUACAUAAAAUCUGCUUUCUCCAGUCCUAUGGCUUUUGUGGUUGCGCAACCAAUACUGCAGUCGCUUGGGCCAAUCUUAGAGGCAAUGCUUUUCGAUCUACGCGUCAUGGAUGGUCAUAACCUCCAGACCAAUCUGGGCAACUUCGCCGAAAACUUGACGGCAAACUACCAAGUGCUGGAAAGGCCUUACGUCCUGCAUGCUCUGUACUUGAACCUAAUCAUCAUGACUUCUGCUCUGCCUAUACUAGACUACGUUGCAGGGCGGACAGGUGUAACGCGUCAACCACCUCGACUUGUGUCAUACAUUUCGGAUCUUACCAUAUGUGUUGCUCAAGUCAUCCACGGUCAAGUCCCCGACAUUGCACCUUCUUUCGAGCUUCCUUCAACGGACCUAACUGAGCAAUACGGAGAAAUACUGUCCUUCAGUACGAAAAGCCUUGGGUCUAGCCUCGCAAAGAAUUGGGCAACAGACUAUGGCAGAGUCUUCUUUGGGCAAGGGCGAAUGCGGAAAGAAGUCAUCAUGGAUAUAGGCAGCUUGGAAGAGGAGCAGAGUAGGGUCACAAGUGCAAUCGAGAAGUGGCACAGUACUGUUCAGUGGCUAUUUGGAGACAUGGAGAUCAGCUAGGAUGGCUGAAGGUUACUACAUUCUACCCUCACAGAAUGGAUUUAGUCAUCUUCGUGGAAGGGAGAAGGUACUCGUUAUAUCAUCGCGUUAUUCAGCGGCAUUGUCAUCGGCGUUUCAUGGGCAUAAAGUCGCGUCAAAAAUCGUUUUGUAAUAGUUUAACGCAAUUCAAAAGCAUGAG